AUGCAGCGCCAAACGCCCGGAGGGCGUGAGUCGGCCCACACCCCAAGCCAGCAGAUCUCGGACGACCAGCUCGGAAAUCUGGCUCGCCUAAAUCACGCUGCGUCGUUGGCCCAAGAGCUGAGACCUUCCCAAACUCCCACCCUCAAGCUCACCAGGCACGCCCCCAUGGUCGGCGAAACGCGACGAUUUGCCUCCGACCUACGAGUCAGGAGGGCUGCCAACCGCCAGUCACGAUCGUGCAAAGUCUGUCGGCUCCGCAAAGUCAAGUGUGACCGUGUCAAGCCCUGCCAUGCCUGCUGCGCCCACGGAUACCCGUCGAAGUGCGUGUAUGAGGACAUCCCGGAUGAGGACGCCAGGCCGAUCAGUCAGGCGGAGGAGAUCCGGAACUUGCGGGCGGAAAUUCGGGAGCUGAGAGGGAGGAUUGAUGCCAGACAUGAUGGUUCGAGAUCUCGGAAUCUUCAACAGCUCGAACAGCUUGAAGGCUUAUUUGACUCUAUUCGAUCUGCGCCGCUAGAUCUGGUGGAGGAGCUUGUCCGUGAGCUUCGCACUGCUCACGGCGGGCUUAAUAAGGAUUUGGUCCCUGUGGGACCAUGGGAAGGCCGAGAAGCUUAUGAAUCUUAUGAACAACCGUCACGGCCCUCUUCGACUCUGCCGGUUCGCAAACGUCUUCUGUUGAAUUCUGCCAAUGAGGAUUUCAAUACUUUUGAAGAUGAUAACGACGAUGACAGGGAAUUUGAGCGUGAGAUGUCUAUUGGCAGUGGCUCGGACUCAUCCGGGGAGCCUCACCCCGAGGUGGAUAUGAAGUCGGGACGGGCUGGUGCAUUGCGAGCUGCCGCCGGGAUUCGAAUGUUUUCCCCUUUGAUCAGUGAUGCUUUCGAGGCUGUCUCGGAUGCAUUGGUUGAUCCUGAGAAAUCCAAAGCCGAGUCCACGCUAGUCACUGUGAUUCUGCUACUGGCCUUUGAGAGCGUUGAACGCACCACUGACAGCGGUGUCUCGGCCCAUGUUCGAGGUGCGGUGCGCUUGAUUGAACAUCGUGGACCGGAAAAUCACAUGUACGGGGUGGAGCAUCUUCUGUUCACUGAGCUUCGUCCAUACUGGAUUGGUGGUGCUUUAGCUGCUCGACAACCGUCAUUCCUGGCACAAGAAGAAUGGAAAACUAUCCCAUGGGCUGCAGGAACAACCACAAAGGACAUUCUACACCACCUGCUCGAUCUUGCCGCCCAUAUUCCAGGUUUACUAGCACAGUCUGAUUCCUUCAAAGCAGCACAGGCUCGCUCCGUGCUAGGCGCACACGAAAUCGCCGUCAAGCAGACUACCCUGUGGAAUGGCAUUGGCGAGCUCACAAUUAAGUUCUACCAAUGGUAUGAGGACUGGGUCAAGGUUUACCCCGACGGACCACCACAAGAAGUCAAGCAAACAGGCGCAGACGAUUUCCCUAUUUUCCAGCGGCGCGACCUGCGCACUGGGGCUACUUAUACCCCAACCAGAUACACAUACCCCAACCUCCUCCUCGCACAAACCAUGUGCCUCUACUACAGCUUUCGACUCAUCCUCUCGUCGGUCGAUACCCGUCCCCAGGACCGUGUAACCCCCAUGGAACAAUACGAGUUGGGAUGUGGGAUUGCCCGUACGCUGGAGUUCUAUAUCACCACAGCGCCUGGCAAUAUGAUUAACCGUCUUGCAUUCCCCACCCGGGUGGCGUGGGAAGCAUUCCCUGAGGGAGGUACGGAGCGCAAGUUCAUGGUAGAGUUAUUGCAUUUGGUGGAACGGCGACACGCCCUUGGCCUUUGGGGCAGCGCCAUGCCUGAGUUAUCCACCCAGCAAGAUUCGCCCUUGAAUUCAGGUAGUCCAUAG